CCACCACCAGCUCCUUGGUCUUGCUGACGUUCAGCUGGAGGUGGUUGUCCUGGCACCACGAUGCCAGAUUCUUCACUUCAUCCAUGUCAUCCAAGUCACAUUCACAGGCAGACGAUAGCUCUGUUUGUGCGCCGCUGACAUGUUUUAACGGCGCCGAUGUCGGCGCGGCACGUCUGGGCGUGCUGAAUGUGCAGGUUUGAACCCACAAAUGUCUUCCAGGUAAACGGCAGUGUGAACCACUGCACCACCCAAAUACUGUACGAGGACCACUACACCGACACUGUGACUAGUGUUGACUGUGUUUAGCAAACUGAUGAUAGUAAGUUUAAUAAUAAAAAUCCUGUUUGGCUGGUGCACCGAGGGCCUGAGGCUGGCAGGUCCGGAGUUUUCCUUUAAAGAAGCAGGUAAGGUGCUGCAGCAGGAGCAGAGUCUGCACAUGUGCUGUGUCACAAAAGCAUUUGGAAGGGUGGCGUGAAUAUUGCAGAACAUGCUGCUCCCUGUUUGUGCUCCACUCACAGCAUCCACCUCCCUCUUCGAGCACCUGUCUGCUGCCUGACCCUGGUCUGCCUGCUCCUCCUCCAUGUCCUGGAGCUCGGCCUCACCUGGGUUCCUGUUUGUGCCGUAGCUGACAAAGAUGCAGCUUCUUGAGGAUUUGUUGUGGUUUCCUGUUUCUCUGCUGUGUUGCGAGUCCAGCUAAGUCACGAUUUAUGAAAUUUGUUUGUAUUUAGUUUAUUUUGAAGGAGACACACUGACGUUUACACAGCAGUGUGUAGGUGUUGUUGUCCUUCUGUGUGCUGCUGGAAACAGGAACAUGUUGGAGACCACAGGACUCAUCAUCAGGAACAUCUCCAUGAAUAUUGCUGUUGUUGAUGUUGUGGCUUCCAUUAUAUCUGUGUGUGUGUCACUGUGUGUAUUAAUGUGUAUCCCUGUUGGUCUUUUUCCAGGCACAGACAUCUCAGUGGGAGAAGAAGUUGCGAUCAAGUUAGAAUGUGUGAAGACGAAACAUCCGCAGCUCCACAUUGAGAGCAAGAUCUACAAGAUGAUGCAAGGAGGAGUGGGCAUCCCAACAAUAAAGUGGUGUGGAGCUGAAGGCGACUACAAUGUGAUGGUGAUGGAGCUGCUGGGACCCAGCCUGGAGGAUCUCUUCAACUUUUGUUCCCGCAAGUUCAGCCUGAAGACGGUCCUGCUGCUCGCUGACCAGAUGAUCAGUCGCAUCGAGUACAUUCACUCCAAGAACUUCAUUCACAGAGACGUGAAGCCGGAUAACUUCCUGAUGGGACUCGGCAAAAAGGGCAACUUGGUGUACAUUAUUGACUUUGGUCUGGCUAAAAAGUACCGAGAUGCUCGCACGCACCAGCACAUCCCGUACCGCGAGAACAAGAACCUGACUGGCACCGCUCGCUACGCCUCAAUCAACACUCAUCUUGGGAUCGAGCAGUCGAGGCGCGAUGACCUUGAGUCGUUGGGAUACGUCCUCAUGUAUUUCAAUCUGGGCUCGCUUCCUUGGCAGGGGCUGAAGGCCGCUACCAAGAGGCAGAAGUACGAACGCAUCAGUGAGAAGAAAAUGUCCACGCCAAUCGAGGUGCUGUGCAAAAGCUACCCCUCUGAGUUCGCCACCUAUCUGAACUUCUGUCGCUCCCUGCGCUUCGAUGACAAGCCCGAUUACUCGUACUUACGGCAGCUCUUCAGAAACCUGUUCCACAGACAGGGCUUCUCCUACGACUACGUGUUCGACUGGAACAUGCUGAAGUUUGGAGCCAACCGUGCAGCAGAGGAAGCAGAAAGGGAGCGUCGGGAUCGGGACGAUCGGUUGAGGCACAGCAGGAACCCCGGGGCCAGAGUCCCUGCUGCGCCCGGGCGCCCCCGAGGGACCCAGGAGGGAACAGUGCCCACCCCGCUAACACCCACCUCACAGACAGCUAACACGUCUCCUCGACAAGUGUCCGGGAUGGAGCGUGAGCGAAAGGUUAGCAUGAGGCUGCACCGCGGCGCUCCGAUCAACGUGUCAUCCUCCGAUCUGACUGGGCGACAGGACACCUCCCGCAUGUCCACCUCACAGAAUAGCAUUCCCUACGAGCAUCACACCAAGUAGACGCUCGCCAUGUCCUCGUGUGACAGCGGCAGCGCGGGGUGGUGUCUGAGGUACCAUCCUCUGGUCUCCAGCUACGAGCUCCUCAACGAGCACCAACAAUACAAGCAGUCCGAGCCCUGAUCUCCACCAUAACGUCUACGGCUCCAGCUCCAGUCACAGACUGACCCUCUGAUGCUUUUCCAUUUACCUUUGUGAUCUGAAUCCAGACUGUUGGUUUUCAGGGCUCUUUACUUUUGGGGCCAUUUGAACUAGUUUAUCAGGGCUGACCCGGCACCGCAGCAGGCUGAUCCAAACCAUGAGGACCUCACGGACCGCUGCAUCAGCCUUCCUCACUGGACGGUUUGUCAGUGAGAACUCUGAAUAGGAGCGUCUCGGUCUGAGGGCGGGCGCACUGUUCACACGUUCAGUUUUCAUUUCGUCUCAUUUGUUAGUGUUGUCGCCGACAGCCAUCCCCACACGCUCCUGAUUGAUUCAGCUGUUUGUGUUAGCGAGUAACUCUAAACCAGGCAUCCUGCUGCUCGUGUAUGUGAGCUAGCAUCAGCCCAGAGACAGCAGCUGAGAGGCCAGCUUACAGCAUGACAUCACAUUUACAGCUGCAUGCUGUUUUCCAUCUUUUUUUACCGUUGGCUAAAAAUCACUCAUGUACUGUUUUUAGUUUAUUCAAGCUGGCAGGUAAAUCUUUUUGCUUCGGUGAAAAACUCAGCACUGGUUUUUUGUUGUUGUUUUUAAACAGGAUUUUUAAAGUGCUAAAGUUAGCAGGCUAGCUGCAACAUAGCUAUGCUGCUAUGGUGGCGACGCUAACAUCUUUAUCUUAUUGCAAGUUAGUAAAUGAGCUGCAGGUGUGUAGAUGAGCUGAUGUCCUUGUUUCUCCUGCAGCGUGGAGCCGGUUGUUUGGGCAGAACCCAAGCGUAAAUGUUAGAUGCACCCGGGAGAGCAGAAGGUUGUCUUGAUUUGGUGUAGGGAUGGACUUUGGCAAUAAAAAGCUAAAUGUAACAUAAAAGAUUGCACAGAGCACGUUUCGAUGCAUCGCAGGCGUCCGGAUACAAGCCUGAGUGUGAGUUAAACUUAAGAAGACACCUUUGCAGGGGUUGGGUUUCCCCCGAGCGUCCCAGGUUUCUCUGCUCUAUCACAAAGAAGCACUGUGUUGGGCAAACACAUCAUUGGGUAUAUUUCACCAAAAGUUCUUUCACUGUAUAUAUAAUAUUCUUACUUUUGCGUUCGUAUUGUUUCUGCACUGUGAAACAUUUAUAAUAUUAAAGUGUGUUUGGGUUUUUGUGACGUACCAGUGGACAAGAGUCUGAACAUGAUUCAGGAGUCGCUGCGCCUCCUUGAGGGCAGCAAAUGAGAAGCUGAAGGACUCUGUCAUCCUGGUGCUGUGACAGCACCGUCUGCACCAACCAAAGUGCGUGCCUCUUUUUCAGAAGUAGUGCAUUGGGUUUUUAUAUGAAUGCGUCUUACAGUCGACUGUAAUAAAGCUCCAUCUCUGCUGUGAAAAGGCUCUGCUGUUGUGUUUUUGAUGUGAACCUGUGCGCUCUGCUACGCUCCUUCAUCACAUCUCUGCUGUGUACACAUGAGCCAGGAAAACAGACGGAGCUGCAGCAGUGUGCGCGCUCUGAUGUUGGUCUGAGAGAGUCACGCACAGAGCAGCUCUGUAACAGCAUCAGGCAGGAGCGAACGCAAGAAGGAGCUGAAACGACAUAAAGAUCAAAGUUUGUAGUGCAGCAAAAAUCAGGGUAUUGCUCCAAACACAUGUAGGAGGGGGAAUAACUGGGCAGCUUGAGCUAUUAUAUAAUAUACUACAUGUAUUAUAGGUAAGUUGUUCACUUUGUCUUCACAGUACUGCUGUAAGGAUCCUUGGGAGGGAGGUAGAAAUGUCAAAGUGAGGUCAGAGGUGACGUGUUUAAAAUCUUUCUACAGUAUUUUCUGUAAAUGGACAAACGGCACAUGACUGUAGGUUCUAAAGCUUUUUGUCAAGUUUCCACCAAUAAAUCAUCAAGUUGA